ACACCUAAGUUCUUUUGAGUUUCAACAAGUGCCUCUAGGAAAGGAAAAAAAAAAAAAAAAAGCUACAAUGAGAUACAACGAAAUUCCUCACUUCAGCCACCCUCAACACAAGCUGAAAUUCGAGUACACAGAAGUCCCAUUCAAGUGCGACGGCUGCAAAGAAGUGGGCAUCGGGUCACGCUACAAAUGCAGCAUCUGCGACUACGAUCUUCACAUGCACUGCGCUCUUCCCUCCUCCUCCAUCACUCAUCCCUUCUACACCAAAUGCUCCUUCCAGUUCCUCCCUCGACCCCCCGGCAACAUCCCCCGCUACUGCAACGCCUGCGAGAAGGACGUGACGGGCUUCGUCUACCACUGCAAGUCCUGCGGAUUCGAUCUCCACCCCUGCUGCGCCAAGCUCCCCAUGGCGCUUGACGACGGUGAAGUUAAGCUAUACCUGUACAGGAAGGUUGGUGCCUCGUGCCACCGGUGCGGGAGGAAAGGGAGGAGCUGGAGCUACCGAUCCACCUGCAAGAAGUAUAAUCUGCACGUUGCGUGCGUGAAGGAGAUGCUGGUGGAAAGUUGGCAUGAAAUAUAUUUUGGGGCAAGAAAUGGGACUAGGAAACUGGAGACUAGGAUUCCCAGCCUGAGAGGUACAUUGCAGAGUUACCACCGCAGAAGCAAAGGUAAGGUGCAGAAAUGUUGCGAGAUUGCUGGUUUGGCUUUGCAGUUUGUUAUCUCGGCCGUUCUUGGGGAUCCUACCACUCUGAUUGCGGGGGUUGUUGGUUCACUUAUAUCAAAAUAGGAUGAAAACUUUAAUUGUUACCGUUUGCUUACUCAGUGAGUGAACUGCUGAUAUUUGUCUGGUUUUACGUCAGAUCGCAGGUCACGUUGUUCGACGAAGAUCACAGUUAUUCUUCUGAUUAAUAUUGCCAAAUUAAUAUCACCAGAUUCAAGUUUAAUAAUAAGAGGAAUAUCAUGCAGCUGUAACUUGAUUUGCUGGUUCUUAAUUUU